AUGGGCAUGGUCAGAACCGCAUCUUCUCAUCCCCGUGGGACUGCUGCUGCUGCUGAUGCCGGUGUUAGUGGUGCUGGUACUGGUGCUACUGGUGGUAGUGGUGCUGGUACUGGUGCUACUGGUGGUAGUGGUGCUGGUACUGGUGCUACUGGUGGUAGUGGUGCUGGUGACGCUGCUGGUGCUGGUGCUGCUGCUGGUGGUGGUGGUGGUGGUGGUGUUGAUGGCACGGGUGACGCAGGAGUUGACUGGGAGUACAGUGCAGAUGGGUUCGACCAGUUUGGGGACGGUGAUGACUUCUCUCCAGCAGACGUCUUUGCUGAAAUCGGCCGGGCUGCUGCUGCUGGCAGUGGCAACAGUGGGGACGAAGGGGACUGGGAGAGGCACAAUCGAGGGCGGAUAGACGUGGUGGGAGUGGAGGGGCUGGGGUUGCAUGAGCUGGACGCCAAGGUGCUGGGGCUGAAGAGCCUCAACAUCCCCAAGGGGAAGGACCGCACCGAGGAUGAGGUAGGGUUGCAUGAGCUGGACGCCAAGUUGCUGGGGCUGAAGAGCCUCAAAAUCCCCAAGGGGAAGGACCGCACGGAAGACGAGGUGUUUGAUGAGGAAGUUCUUGUUGAGAGGCUGGGGUUGCAUGAGCUGGACGCCAAGGUGCUGGGGUUGCAUGAGCUGGACGCCAAGGUGCUGGGGUUGCAUGAGCUGGACGCCAAGGUGCUGGGGUUGCAUGAGCUGGACGCCAAGGUGCUGGGGUUGCAUGAGCUGGACGCCAAGGUGCUGGGGUUGCAUGAGCUGGACGCCAAGGUGCUGGGGUUGCAUGAGCUGGACGCCAAGGUGCUGGGGUUGCAUGAGCUGGACGCCAAGGUGCUGGGGCUGAAGAGCCUGAACAUCCCUAAGGGGAAGGACCGGACAGAGGAUGAGGUGUUUGACGAGGAAGUUCCCCUAGUUAAAGGGGGUGGGGUGGGGAAGUGA